AUGGCUAACGAUUCCACUGAGCACCUCCGCAUGGAAGACCAGGACAACACCCACAACGUGGUCAACCAACAACCCACAUUCGCCCCUCCAUCAACCACGGAUCCCCAAGUAGUAGCUCCUCUAGCUCAAGCUUAUUCGCAAUUUACUACUGUGCUGAAGCGCCUCUUGGAGAACCCUCCGCCUCGUGGCGAGCCAAUACCACCCACCAGGCUGGCAGAAUCAGAGGUGGACCCUAGUGCAAUUAUCCCCAAUAACCAAGAGCUCAAUCACAUCUUGCCAAUCUUGGAUGGAGCUAAUCUCCGGAAUGUUAUCAAGGAACUAGUUUGGGAGUGUAGAGAGACAGGAGACGCAAGGGAUUAUGGUCUCCGACAAGACUCGCCCUUGCUUGCUGAUAUUUUUGCUGCGGCUUUUCCACCAAAAUUCAAACUUUCCACUUUCCAAUCAUAUGAUGGAUCUACCGAUCCCCGAAGUCAUCUGGCAAUCUUCCGAAUUAUGAUGUACCUUCAAACCAAUUCGAAGGAUCUAAUAUGUAAGGUCUUUUCAACUACCCUAAAAGGAGCAACCCCAGAGUGGUAUCAGACUCUCAAAAUAGGAUCCAUCCAAUCGUUCUCCCAAUUGGCUACCACAUUCUGA